AUGGUGAAUUGGGGAAUUAUCUCAACCGGCAACAACGCCACCAAAUUUGCCAAAGACCUUCUAAUUGACCCAUCCACCCGAGGAGUCCACGACAUUACCCACACCCUCACGGCCGUCGCAUCCUCAACCUCAUUGGAAAAAGCUCGUAGCUUUCUUUCAGCAAUGAAUGCUCCUUCGACAACCACAGCUUACGGAUCCUACAAUUCCCUCUUCGCCGACCCCUCCGUCGGAAUUGUAUACAUAACCACUCCGCAUUCGGAGCAUUUCCAGAAUGCCCGCGCGGCCUUGUUGGCGGGGAAGCACGUCUUGCUUGAGAAGUCGUUCACGGUGAACGCAGCGCAGGCGAAGACUCUUGUCGCGCUCGCAAGAGAGAAGGGCCUCUUUCUCAUGGAAGCUAUGUGGACGCGUUUUUUCCCGCUUAUGCAGCAUGUUAGGCAGCUGGUCCGGGAUGGAGCGAUCGGUUCUGUGCAGCGGGUGGUUGCGGAUCGCAAUUUAGGGAGGGAUGUUGAGAGGCUGUAUGGGACGGAGCAUCGGCUGGUAAACCCUGCGCUGGCAGGUGGUGCUUUGUUGGACUUGGCUGUAUACCCUCUUACCUGGAUUUUCCAGUUCCUCUAUCACGACUCUUUGUCUAGUGAUGGCACGAAGUCGCGACCCCUGGUCUCCAGCUCUGUCAUUAAGUAUGCUGCAACGGGCGUGGACGAGACCGCUACGGUUGUCGUUACCUUUCCCGACAGCAAAGCACAAGGUGUAGCGACCGCCAGUUUAAGAGUUACUUCGGACCCUACCGAUCCAGGGGUCCGCAUUUUCGGCCAUAAAGGGCAGAUCCAGAUAUUCGGGCCUGCGGCGCGACCACUCAGCAUUGCAGUUGUUGACUAUGCGGCAGCCGAUACCCGGGCAGUCGAGAGGAAAGACUUCGACAUUCCUGUCGGGCAUGGGUUAUUCUGGGAGGCAGAUGCUUGUGCUCGCGCCUUGGCCGGUGGUGAGAGAGAGUCGGACGUUAUUCCGCUGGACGAGACAGUGUUGAUAAUGGAAGUUCUGGAUCAAGUUCGAGAACAGAAUAGAUUGAGAUAUCCUGAUGAUAUUGAAUCGUCUUAG